AUGGCCUCCGAAGCUCCUGUCACAGCUCCCCUGGAGCCAUUCCCAGAGGCAAUCCAAGAGAGCGGCGCUCCCCAAGCGAACGGCAACGGCAAUGCCACUUCUCAACCAGUCGCCCUCACCGAGACCAUCAAUCUCGGGCGCAAUGUGUCGCUUACCCUAGAGAACGACUCCCUCCGUGUGCAAGACAAAGCAGGCCAGAAAAAGAGCAGAACAUGCGGCAUUGACUUCUCCUCCGACGCCUCUACCACGCGCUCGAUUCCCCUGUACAAUGUCCUAUGGGCCGAGCUGUCAGAUGAUCGACAGACGCUCACCGUCGACUUCGCCGAGGAGACCUCCAAGACCCGGCUGCGCGUGUCCCAGCUAACCUACAAGACGGCGCCCACGGCCGGCGCCGAACACCACAGCACCCCGACGCCCGGAAUCGAGACAUGGAUCGAGGCGCUGCUCACGCGGUCGUACGGCCCCGCCGCGCGGCGGAAGCGCGCCUACGUGCUCGUCAACCCGCACGCAGGGCCCGGCGGCGCGGACAAGAAGUGGGAGACGCAGGUCAGGCCCAUCUUUGCGGCGGCGCGCAUGCCCAUGGAGGUGAUUGAGACAAAGUACUCGGGCGAGGCGGUCGAGCUGUGCCAGAAGAUGGACAUUGACGCGUUCGACAUUGUGGUCCCCUGCAGCGGCGACGGGCUUCCCUACGAGUGCUUCAAUGGCCUCGGCAGGCGGGCGGACGCGAGGCGCGCCCUGGAGAAGCUCGCCGUGUGCCAUAUUCCCUGCGGCUCCGGCAACGCGAUGGCGUGCAACCUGUACGGAACACACAGGCCGAGUCUGGCGGCCCUGGCCAUCGUCAAAGGUGUGCCGACGCCCAUGGACCUGGUGAGCAUCACACAGGGCGACAGGCGGACGCUGAGCUUCCUCAGUCAGUCCCUGGGAAUCGUCGCUGAGAGCGAUCUGGCCACGGAGAGCAUGCGUUGGAUGGGCGAGACGCGCUUCACUGUUGGCUUCUUGGUGAGAUUGUUCCAAAAGAAGGUGUACCCAUGCGACAUUGCUGUGAAGCUGGAGAUUGGUCACAAGGAGGGCGUCAAGGGGCACUACAAGCGCGAGAGGGAGAACAGCUCAACAGAAGCCUUGGAUAAAUUCUCCUCAUCCGCAGUGAAUCUGAACGGCACAAGAGUCAGGGAUGAAUCAUUGGCGGAGUCCGAGGCAACUGGAUCCAGCAAUAAGGAGGGCCUGCCACCCCUGAAAUACGGCACGAUCAACGACAAGCUGCCGGAGGGGUGGGAGGUCAUUCCUGGCGAGAAAAUGGGCAACUUCUACUGCGGAAAUAUGGCGUAUAUGGCUCCUGACGCAAACUUCUUCUCCGCAGCCCUAGUCAAUGACGGUCUUAUGGACCUUGUCUGCAUUGACGGCAACAUCUCGCCCAUGAAGUCAAUCGAGUUGAUGCUCUCGGUCGAGAGCGGACACUUUUUCGAUAACCCCCUUGUAGCGUACCGCAAGGUGUCUGCCUAUCGCAUCAUUCCCAAGAACCAGAGUGAUGGCUACAUCAGUAUCGAUGGCGAGAGAGUGCCAUUCGAGCCAUUCCAAGCUGAGAUACACCAAGGCCUUGGCAAGGUCCUGUCUAAGCGUGGCGGGUACGAGGCACCUGGUCCUCACAAUUGGGACAAGGUGACGGUUACUGAGCGCUAUAUGGCAUAA